ACGUUUUCUCUCCCUUGAUUCUGCAUCUACCCACGAUCAGCCAGAAUAUCCCAAGUCCUCCGCGUAGGAUAUUCAACAUAUUCCACCGGAUACAGUCCUGCCACGCGGCUGUGGCCUGAGCGAGCAUUCUUGGUCUGCUCGGAACCGGUGAGGGGCAGACAAAGUUGGCCUGAAAGUGGUCCAGGGGCACGAGACCAGGGCGAUCCUGAAGGGCCUGAGGAUUGGAGGAGCUGGUCCACGUCUCAGUCUUCAGGACGAUUCUCUGGCUAUUUGGAUUUCUUCUUCAGUUCCUUUGUCUGACAUUCUGUCUGCUAUUUAUCUACAAUCUGAUUCACGCCACCAGCAAAGAAUCUUUUGUGGUCUGUGUGGCCUAACAGCCCUUACAAAAAAAGGAGAGAAUCAUCAUGGGCUCGCUGGAUCAAUCGCACAGCGGUGCGAUGCCCCCCUUGCGCUAUAUCCCUCUGUCGUAUAAUCCUUCCGACUCUCAGUCGUCUGCCCUGCGACUGGUUCUCACGUUGAACCCUGACUGGGAGGGCCCAGACAACAAGGUCGAGCUUGUGCGCUUCACCGAUGGAAUCACCAAUACUCUGCUCAAAAUCAUUAAUCGCAAGCCUGGCCUGACCGAGGAACAAAUAGACAAUGACGCAGUGCUCAUGCGAGCGUACGGUAAUCACACGGAGAUUCUCAUAGACCGAGAAAGGGAAACCAAGACCCAUGCGCUCCUCGCCAGUCGAAACCUCGCGCCCGCGUUGCUGGCCCGCUUCCAGAACGGCCUGCUGUAUAGAUUCAUCCGCGGACAAGUGACCACGCCGCCGGACCUGCUGCGCCCGCCCAUUUGGCGCGGAGUGGCCGAGCGACUGGGCCAGUGGCAUGCAGUGCUGCCUAUCAAUCAGGCGGCGUCUUCUGCGCCUGACGCCCAGGAUGCCGUCUCCGCGCGGGAAUUCAACACGGAUGUCCAGGGCAAGCCGGCUACCCUGCUGACGCCGAUCAGCACGCAGCAGCCGGUGCCGAACAUGUGGACGGUGCUGCAGAAAUGGAUUCUUGCGCUGCCGGUAGCCACCGAGGAGCAACAGACCCGACGCCUCAGUCUACAGAAGGAGCUGGAGCGGGUGGUCGGCGAAUUAGCUGAUCGCACCAGCCUAGGUGAUCAGGGACUUGUCUUUGCCCAUUGCGACCUCCUCAGCGCCAACGUGAUAGUCCUCCCCCGGUCGACAGCGAACGAGAAAGACACGAACAAAGUCGAAGUCAACUUUAUCGACUACGAGUAUGCGACGCCGUCGCCCGCCGCGUUCGACAUUGCGAACCACUUCGCCGAAUGGGGCGGGUACGACUGCGACUACAACAUGCUGCCGACGCGGGCGGUGCGGCGGGAGUUCCUGACGGAAUACGUGCGCAGCUAUUGCCAGCACAACGGACGGACGGACGGCUCAUCGCAGCCGGAUCUUGUGCGGCGGCUAUUUGACGAUGUGGAUCGGUUCCGAGGCAUUCCCGGAUUUUACUGGGGCGUCUGGGCACUCAUCCAAGCCCAAAUCUCACAGAUCGAUUUCGACUACGCGUCGUACGCCGAGGUGCGAUUGGGCGAGUACUAUGCCUGGCGACGCGAGUGCGACGGCAGUCGAGUCGCAGGCGAGGAGAUGCCUCUACGGGAGCGACGGUGGGCGAGUGAAUCCUGAGAGAACAUGCUACUAGAUGAAUUGGAUUUUUAAGGCGUUG